UCCAGUACUGUUAGCAAAUUAAUGUAAAACAUUUGUUCCCCAAGAAUUUAAUGAAGUUAAGUGAUAAUCAGGCAAAAUGGAGCGCAAAGAAGUGGACACGGAACCGUUCAUCGAUCAUACGCUGCUGGCCACCGAGCUAAUGCGAGAUCCGAACCACUUUAUAAUGGAUCUGAUAGAUCGCACGAAUCCCAGUUCGGGAAACUCGGAAAACGGAGUGGGUUACGUGGAAAAAGAACCGCUGACACCGGAACUGAAUUUUCACAACACCAUUUUUCAAUUUGUGAAGUCAUCGCCGGAAAAUGAUGUUGUCCCCCAGCCAGAUUCCCAACCCGCCUUUCCAGCUCUGGCCAUUGAGCCCACGGUUCCCAUCGACGUUUCAACGGGGUUGCACGAUGACGAGGAUCUGCUGUAUGCCCACAGUAAUGCCUCCUGCACGAACGCGCGCAAGGUCCUGCCCCACAAGAAGCGUAUUUCCCGGAAACUCAAGGGCAACAUAGACGCUGAUCUGGACCAGCACAAACAUGUCCAGGAUGUGGCUCCCACGUCCAUUUAUAGUUGCGAACUCUGCGGCUACUCUGUACACACGCAACUGGAUUUCUUCGCACAUCUCAAACAGCACUACGAGCCCACCAUGGUUCAGGAUCCCCAGCAACAGCAGCAAAAGGAACCACUCGAUAUGUGCGGACUGUCCGCCCAAGACAAGCUUCAACAAGAGCAGGCCAAACUGGACCAGGUCUUCCACGAUGUGCAGCUGAACUUCGAGAACUUCCACAACAUCAGUCAUCAUGUGGACGAUGUAACCAACGUGGGAGUCAAUAUGGUGUUGCAUGGCCAAGCCACAGAUAAAUUGAAUCCCGUGGUGGUCAACACCAAUAGCACUCCCAAUACUGUGCCCGUGGUGGACGAUGUGGAGUUCAGCGAUACGGAGGAUAUGCUCGAGGGCAUUCGAAAUGUGGUGGACAAGGUUUCGAUAGAGGACACCUGCGAUGAACUGGAGGAUCUUGAACUAACCUCUAGUGGAAUAUCCGCCCCAUGGUUCAAUAACAACUUCAGGGACAUCACUUUCCCAGCUCUCCUGCUGCCGGGAGAACCUCCGCCAGCUUCUGAGGAACAGGCCACGCCACUUCUCAAGGAGAAUCCCCAUGAAAGCGAGCACAUGGGUUUGGAUUUUCUAUGUUCCGAAAAGGCAGAACCUCCAGGGCAGCCGAAAUUAGAGAAAACGUUGCCCAAAGUCAGCGAGGGAAAUGAGCAAACCCUGUUGAUUGCACCACCAGUCUGCCAAACACCACCGCCUCCAUCUGUUUGUCCUCGGCCUAAUUCAUCGAUCGAACAACUACAAGGAUCUCAUCUAGUGCUAAGUGAAGCCUUUAAAUUGGAAGAGAAUGAUAUGACCGACAGCCGGCCACCUUCUCCAUUUGAAGAAGAAGAUCCUGAGGCUGAGGACCACAUUGAAAGCUUAUCGAUGGAUGGCUUGAAUACGAGUUUGCCUAAGGAGACGGAAAGUAAGACGAGAAGAAAACACUUUUGCGACAAGUGCAACCGGGAUUUCAACUCGUAUAAUGCACUCAAGUAUCAUCAGUACACGCACAAUCAGCAGCGAUCCCAUAAAUGCGACAGCUGCGAUCGAUCGUUCUACACACAGAGUGCCCUAAAGGCCCACGAAAGGACACAUUCCGGAGUGAAACCCUUCAAAUGCGAAAAGUGCGACUUUAGGUUCCGGCAAUGGGGCGACCUGAAGUACCACGUCAUCUCGCGACACAGUGACAUCAAGGCGCACAUGUGUGAAUUCUGUGGAAAGAGUUUUUCUAGGAGAUACUCCCUGGUUCUUCACCGAAGAAUUCAUACCAGAGAACGAAACUACGCUUGCCAAUAUUGUGACAAAACUUUCCGGGCAAGCUCAUAUCUGCUAAGUCACAUAAAAGUGCAUACUGGCGAGCGACCAUAUGAGUGUUUUAUCUGCGAGAAGAAAUUUCGGGUGUCUGGGGAUCUCAAGCGACAUUCCCGGAUUCACGAUCCCGCCAGAGCAAAUCAACCACCUGCGGAAAAAGUCAAAAAGAAAAAGGCAGUUGCUAACAACAAACUUAUGCCAAUCGAUAGGGAUGGCGAGGUGCCCACCAACACCCAACACAAUAAGUCUGACGCCAUGAGCGACCAAACUAAGCAGGAAAUUCUGGGCUUAUAGCCAUGCUGUGCCAAGGUUUCUUCAAAAUAGGAUAACAGAUAUCGUACGCAUUUUUGUACAAGUUAUGUAAAUAAAAAAGGACAUAGGACGGUUAAUCAAGAAA